ACAAUUGUAUAACAAAACAAUUGAAAACAAAUAUUGUUAUGGCGACUACAAAUUCAGACGACAGCACAUCAGUUCCUAAAGAUUUUCAGCUGUCUUCGUCCUUAGACAGUGGCAGCCGCAUCAGUCCUAAUUAUUAUAGGUGCCAGUUAUGUAACAAUUAUAGGAAAGUUUUUUACUGCAAGGAGUGUGUGCAUAACGGAGAUAUUUAUAAAAGUAGUUCUCAGUGUCCAGAAAGGUAUGCCGACAAGCAAAUAAAGUUAUUACAACUUAAAGCAGCAAGAAAAGCGGUCGAAGAUAAUUGUUUAGAUAAGUUAGAAAGGAAACAAAAAAUCGACGUUUUGGGAUCCAAAAUUAGACAAUCAAGAGAUAGAAUUGAAAUUUUGAGGCUCUCUUUGAAAGAUAGAAGAGAAAAACAAAAAACUUAUAAAGCAAAAAUAAUCGAAAUAAUUGGUAAAAAUGAAAAGUUGACAAAAAGCUUGCCAAAGUAUGAAGAAAGAGUGGAGAAGUUGGGCUUAUAUGUGGCAUCUAGAAGAGAAGACAAUCAAAGAUUAAAAGAUAAAAUAUUAAAUGAACAAGCUCAAUUGCAAAAUGUUGUCAAAACAAGAAUUCAACAACUUGUUCAGUACAUUUUUCCCAUUUCAAUUGUACUUCCUAAAAUAGAAAUUGAAUCUGGAGAGGUGGAUAUGGUCACUGCUCUAGCUGAAGCUACCAGAACAACAUAUAUCAGCAACCAGUGGGUUUAUAAUGACAAUUCUGGAGAACUACAGUAUUGCAUAGUUGCACCCACAUUACCUGGCUCAGGAAAUUAUUCUUCAUAUAAUAUUUGGGUUGCUCAAAAUAAAGAUGCUGUUCCUGGAAGUAGUUCUACAAUUGCAGUUGACCAUAAUCCAGCAUAUAGCAUAAGUGCUGCUCUAACAUAUACUGCACAGCUGAUCAGCAUUAUAGCAUUUUAUUUAGAUGUUCGACUGCCCUACAGGAUGUCUUACAGUGAUUUUUGUAGUAGUGAUAUGCCUGAGCAACAAUUCUCUCGAAGGGUAGCAAGACUUAAUGCAAAUAUAUUGCACUUGUGUUUCACACAAAACACCAGUUUAAACUCUUUGCAUCCCACCAGGACUUUACAUAACAUACUACAAUUAUUAGAUACUAAUAUAACUGAUCUAGGCAGAAGAGGGCCCAUAGAGGCUGAUACUCAAAUGGCGCUCGACUUGGAGGACCAAAUAGCUAACGAUCUGCAAACCAGUGAAGAUUCUGAUUCAGAAGAGGGUGAUAGUUUUCCUUGUGAAUGGGAAGCUGUACCCCAUAUUCAGUGUCCUGAGGUACCAGCAGGUCCGGUCAAUCUCCCGCUUCCCACGCAAAUGACGAGUACACAACAAGCGUCUAGUGUAGCAGGUGGUCUUGUUACCAGUGCUGCUAAUAGUAUAGUAUCAAUAUGGAAGGGUUGGACAGGCAGGUAGUUUUUUCUAUAUUUUAAAAACCGCCCUCGAUAGGUGACUAUUUAUUAUCAUGUUUGAAAACAGACAUUUAAAGUAUUUUGCCCUUGUUUCAAAAGUCACUUUUCAUUUGAAGAUCAUUCAAAUUAAAAUUUAAAACUUUAUACACAUCAGUGCAGUUGGUUUUACAAAUGUAUUUAUAUAACGCGGGUGGCUCUUAAUUAAAAUUGCACAUUAUAAUAUUGUAAUAUGAGAAUUUAUCGAAUUGUCAAAAUGAAAAAGUUAUAACUCGUUGAUAGAGUGCAUUAUUUUAUCUAUUUGACGUUGUUAAAGUAGUUGUACCUGUUGUAAAAGUUUAAUGCUUAGCGUGAUAAGAAAUAAAGUAUGUAUAUUUUUCAAUUCAAUUUUACGAAAUGCUUUGGUAGAGUUUUAGGAGCGUUUUUCUAAUGAAAAUAAUCCAUACAUUAAAAUGUUUGUUCAUAUUAUAUUUCGUUUAAAUAGUUAAUCUCAUCGGUGGCCAUUUCGUCUAUUAUUAAAUCUAAUUAGAAUUAAAAAAAAAACAUUCUUAAAACUAUUUUGAUAGCAACUGCCACUGCCUUCUAAAUUGGUAAACGGUUUUUCAAUUUAAGUCUGAAGCGAGCGUGUAAAAAAUAGUACAGUGUACCAAGAUUAUGUUGAACUUUAAUGCUAAAUUUAAUCUUUUUAAAAAUAUUAAAGUAUUACACGUUUUCAAAACUAAAUAAGUAAAUAUAAGGGAAACAAUUUUAUACAAAAUAGUGGUAGGAUUUGUUUUGAAUUGAACGUAUCUGUAAAUAACAGAUAAGACACAUAAAGAAUACGUUUACUUAGCAGAAUAUGUGUAAUUACAUAGGUGAACAUUUUUAUAAUUUACAACCACAUGAAAAAAACGUUCUUUUAAACUCAAAAACAGUUUGCCUUUAUAAUAUCAAUUUAAUUUGAUUUUUCUAGUUAUUUAAAUUUUGUACAAAAACUUUCUUUUAUUUAUAUCUGAGCCCCUUAAUAACAAACAAAAUCUGCUCAAAAAUCUAAAAUUUAGUUAAGAAUAGUAUUUAUAGCCACAUUACAUACAAAUUACAUAACAAUAAAUAUUAUCAAGAUUAUAUUUCUACAAAUUUUGUAACAUAGAUAUUAAGCGUAUUUCAACAUUGAAUAUAUAAGAAUUUAAUGUUAUAAGCAUGUAGAUGCAAUUAUUACUUUAAAACAAUUUGUGAUACUAAAGGGUUAAGUUAUAAUUUUGUACAGCUUGUACUUUCAGUAAAAAUUCGUAGAAUCA